AUGAUGGCUUCGCAGGCAAAGACAGCUGUCGCACCACCCAAGCACCCGAUGCCGUCGUCAUCGUCGUGCUGUGCUUCCAAGGGCCGCCCUCCCGUCCGGCGCUGGUUCCACUGGCACGAACCAGGCACCACCAAAGAAGAGAAGUGGCUUCUGUUUAAGCUGGACCUUUUUAUACUUACGUACACGUGCCUGACCUUUUUCGUCAAAUACCUCGACCAGACAAAUGUCACAAAUGCUUACAUUUCGGGGAUGAAGGAAGACCUUGAUAUGAGGGGCAACGAGCUCAAUUGGCUUUCCACCUACUUCAACAUCGGCAUCAUCAUCGGAAGCCCGUUUACGGCUACAGCACUCACGGUGAUACACCCCCGGUUCUGGCUGCCUGCCUGCACCGUAACUUGGUCGGUCAUGGUGCUAUGCAUGUACAAGGCGACGAAUGUGAAGACGCUCUACAUCCUACGCUUCUUUUGCGGCCUGGCCGAGUCAGGAGUCUUGCCCGGAGCGUGGUACAUUAUUGGAAGCUGGUACCGUAAAUCCGAGAUUGCGCGCCGAACCGCUCUCUUUUACUUCUCGUCCAUUGGCGGCCUUAUGCUUUCCGGUUACAUCCAGGCCGGGCUAUACCACAAUAUGAAUAACCGACUCGGCCUCGCUGCCUGGCGAUGGCUCUUCAUCUUAGACUUUGUGAUCAGCAUUCCCAUUGCGGUGCUGGGCUUCUGUGUCUGCCCAGACGAGCCCAAAUCGAAGCGGAUUUGGUGGAUGACGGAGAGUGAGAGGCAGCGAUGCAUUGAGCGACUGGCAGAGGAAGGUCGCGACGCGGAGCCGGUGCGUUGGAGCUGGGCGAAAUUCGGCCAGCUGUUCAAGUGCUGGCAGCUGUACGGCUUUUGUAUUGCCUGGGGGACGUAUGAACUAAACUGCGCUGUCAACUUGCAACGGUGGAUGGGACUGUGGCUCAAAAGCCUAAAGGAAAACGGACAUCCCAAGUACAGUAUCGAGGAGAUCAAUGCCCUACCCACGGUCAUCGGCUGCUUGCAACUCAUUUGGAUGCUACUCGGCUCCUUCACGGCGGACUGGCUGCAAAAGACCUCCGUCGUCAUUGCCGCCCUCGCUGGAGUGCAGAUGAUCGGGUACAUCAUCUUCUGCGUCUGGCCGGCAAGCGAUUCAGCCAUCAUGGCCGCCUUCUACGUUUCCAGUGCCUACGGCGCCAUCGGUCCGUUGAUGGGCUCGUGGCUCAACUCUUGUUCCGGAGGUGACAAGAUUUUGCGGGCGCUUUCAUCGUCUUUGAUGUCUUCUGUUGGGUUGUAA